CAUUUUGGUCAGUGCUGUGAAAUGCGGGUGAUUAGCCCGCGCUUUCCAACACACUGCAAAUUCGCAUAAAAAGUCAAAGCUUGAUUCUUCCUUUGAAAACGUGAUAGGAUUGACAGCAAAGAUGUCCGAUGAGGCCAACACCGCGGUGUGGGAUGAUUCCCUGUUGGUGAAGACGUACGACGAGUCGGUGGGAUUGGCCCGCGAAGCUCUGGCCCGCCGUUUGGCAGAUUCCACCAACAAACGCGAGGAGGAGAACGCCGCUGCCGACGAAGAAGCUGUCGAGGAUUCGGCCACUGGUGCGGCCGCCAGCCCGGAACCGGUGUCCUUCAAGGUGGGUGACUACGCCAGGGCCACCUACGUGGAUGGUUUGGACUAUGAGGGCGCAGUGGUGUCUAUUAACGAGGAGAAGGGCACCUGCGUUAUUCGCUAUUUGGGCUAUGAGAACGAGCAGGAGGUGUUGCUCCUGGACCUCCUGCCGUCUUGGGGCAAGCGGGUGCGUCGCGAGCAGUUCCUCGUCGCCAAGAAGGAGGAGGACGAGCAGCCAAGCCGCUCCAAGUCAUCCGCUGUCGCUUGUGGUCAUCCAAAGACUCCUAAAUCUUCCGGAAGGAGCAGGAUCUCUGGGGGACUGGUUAUGCCGCCCAUGCCACCAGUACCGCCCAUGAUUGUCGGACAAGGCGACGGUGCCGAGCAGGAUUUCGUGGCCAUGCUCACCGCCUGGUACAUGUCCGGCUAUUAUACGGGCCUCUACCAGGGAAAGAAAGAAGCCAGCACCAGCACUAGCGCCAAGAAGAAGACACCCAAGAAGUAAUUCCAUCUCAUCUCAUCACAUCUUUUCUAAAGACUUGUAGAUAUUAAGCGAACAAACCAAUUAAAUAUUGUUAUGUUAAAGAGUCAA